AUGAAACUCUUUUUAAAGGUUCUCGUGAUUCUGUUCUGCGUCGGCAAGGUAGAAGGCCGCUGGCUGAGGUCUCUGAUUGGCCAAAAGCAGAAACCUGUGUCGCCUUCAGACGAGGACAGAAGAAGCAAAUUUUUAACAACGGGAGAAAUCCAAAGGGAAGCCUCCGGAGAUGAGCCAGUCCCGGUCCGGACACGGCGCUCCGCUCCCGACUCCCAGUGCGGCCUCCGCUCCGUCUUGCUGCAGGUGCGGGACCUGGGGCUGGGCUACGACUCGGACGAGACGGUCUUGUUCAAGUACUGCGGGGGGUCUUGCCCCCACGCCCGCUCCAACUACGACCUCACGCUCAGCAACCUGCUGCUCAGCGGGCGGCUUCCGCAGCCGGCCCCCGGAGAGCCGUGGCACAGCGUGCCGUGCUGCAGGCCCACUCGCUACGAGGACAUGGCCUUCCUCGACAACUCGCACCGCUGGCACAAGGUGGAGAAACUCUCUGCCGCCGCUUGCGGCUGUGCAGACUAAAAACGGCCCGGAUCGAGGGUAAUAAGGAAGGGGCAGGUGAGAGAGAGCUGAAGACAUCUGGAGAGGACGAUUUGACUUACUCCGAAAAGAAAACGAAUAACUCCAUUUUUUUUUUUUUCAGAAAAGAGCCUUCAUGAGCAGAUUCUAAUGUUUGACUCAGAUUUCUGUGUUUUAUCCAUG